UCAGGUGAGGCCGCGGGUUGCGCCAGGUUGGGUUCUACCUCCCACUCCGCGCCCGCAGCCUUGCACACGCCGGUCCCAGCCAGUAGACGGCCACGUGCGCCGGGUCCCCGCUCCGCCUCUCAGCAGGUCGGGUGCCGCCAAGGUCGCCGUGGCAACCGUGGGAUCCGGAUCUCCGUUCCCCACUCUGCGCCUAGCAGGGAAGUCCCGACUGGGGCGGAGGGGGGCUGGGGCGAGCGUCUCUGACCCUUCCAAGAGGAGCCAGCGCAAUCGUGGGCUGCAGGCCUCGCCUUUGCUGCGUCGGUGACGCCGAGCUCGGUUUAGCUCCUCCGGGUUUGGAUCCCCAGCCUGCACGCACCACGCCGCCUCCCUCUGCCGUCGCCGGGCGGGUGGCUCCCCCUGGCUAGAUGCGCGUUCAAGCCUCCUUCUCCGGAUUUCCGGAGGCGAAGAAUUUUGCCUCGGUCCCUACUAGCAUCUCCCGGCUCUCUCCCCCUCCCCUCGCGACUCCCCCUCCUCGUGGGCGCGCGCGCACUCACACACACUCACACUCGCAGGCGCGCGUGCGCACGCUCGUGCGCCCGGAGCGGCGGAGUCUCCAGCAGAUCCCACUCUCUCGGGCGCCGCUACUCACACAGGCUUCCAGCCGCCACGGGGCGUCCUCCGUCUGCUGCAGCGGCGGCGGAGGCGGCCGAACGAACGACAGCUGCAGCCCAGACCGAUCUCGUUGCUCAGUGCCCGGGACAGAGUCGGAGAGAAGCGAAGAAGGAGAACGUCAAGGCGUGGAGGGGCUGCGCCGCGCCCGGCGCCCGGCUCUGCGCGGCAGGCUGCCUCAGCUCCCCGUACUGCGACCCCAGAAUUUUGAAAGUGGCUUAAAUCUAAUUGGCUCCCUCAGGAUCUCCACUCCUGUUACAUUUGCAGAGUUUCUUUUUUGAGUGGCAUCUGGAGAGAAGGCACUGCGAGUUGGCAUGCAGAGUAGGGUUUAGGGCAUGCUGUGUACAGUGACAGCCCUUCCAGCCAAUAGCCUGCCCUGCCUGUGAUCUCCUCCAGCGAUUAUCAUCAGGAGCUGACUGCGACCAAGGUCUCCUUGAGCCACGAAGCAUCUGGCAUGUCAAAGCCACAUUGUCUUCCACGAGAAUUCCUUUGUGAACAGAUACUAUUUAAAAGACUUUUGUGAAUCGCUGCUGUUUCAAUCAAGUCUUCAAAGAAAAUAUUUGUCUUCUGAUCUGCUGAAGGUCUUUAAGGUAGCUACUAGAGAAUGUGCUCUACAAAUAUGAGGAUGUAAACCAAGAAAGAGGAAACCAUGGGAUCCAGGAAACGGGGCACCCAGCACAGGCGAGAGGCACAGGGAUUUCGCAAGAUGGUGGUAAAAAGAAGCCCCAGGACAACAGAACCUGAUGAUCUCCGUGGGGACUCUGAGCUCAGCCAUCAAAGUACCCCUGUCUCCCAGGAUGCUCGCAAUUCAACAAUAGAUGCAGGUGGCAUUGAAAGCAUCGCCCAGUGUCCCCAACAGCUUCCUCAGAUGAUGGCUGCAGGUAAAGCUGCUGAUGGUUUGGGGAGUAUAGCGAUAGACACGACCCAGCUCAACAUGUCUGUAACAGAUCCCACAGCCUGGGCCACCGCCAUGAAUAACUUGGGCAUGGUUCCCGUGGGGUUGCCUGGACAGCAGCUUGUGUCUGAUUCAAUCUGUGUACCAGGCUUCGAUCCAGGGCUGAACAUGAUGACUGGGAUCACCCCCAUUAACCCAAUGAUACCAGGCCUAGGGCUAGUCCCGCCUCCACCACCGACAGACGUGGCUGUGGUCAAGGAGAUCAUCCACUGCAAAAGCUGCACUCUUUUCCCUCAAAAUCCAAAUCUUCCACCUCCUUCCACGAGAGAACGACCUCCUGGGUGUAAGACCGUCUUUGUCGGAGGAUUGCCAGAAAACGCUACUGAGGAAAUCAUUCAAGAAGUCUUUGAGCAGUGUGGUGAUAUCACAGCGAUUCGGAAAAGCAAGAAGAAUUUUUGCCACAUUCGCUUUGCAGAGGAGUUCAUGGUUGAUAAAGCCAUUUACCUCUCUGGUUACAGGAUGCGAUUAGGGUCUAGCACAGACAAAAAGGAUUCGGGCCGCCUCCACGUGGACUUUGCUCAGGCCAGGGAUGACUUCUACGAGUGGGAAUGUAAGCAGAGGAUGCGCGCCCGUGAGGAGCGGCACCGGCGCAAGCUGGAGGAGGACCGGCUGCGGCCCCCGUCCCCGCCCGCCAUCAUGCACUACUCAGAGCACGAAGCCACCCUGCUGGCUGAAAAGCUGAAAGAUGACAGCAAGUUUUCAGAGGCCAUCACAGUGCUCCUUUCCUGGAUUGAGCGCGGGGAAGUGAAUCGCCGCUCCGCAAACCAAUUCUACUCCAUGGUGCAGUCUGCCAAUAGCCACGUCCGCCGGCUGAUGAAUGAAAAAGCUACCCACGAGCAGGAGAUGGAGGAAGCCAAGGAGAAUUUUAAAAAUGCCUUAACCGGAAUCCUCACUCAAUUUGAGCAGAUUGUGGCCGUUUUCAACGCUUCUACCAGACAAAAAGCUUGGGACCAUUUCUCGAAAGCUCAGCGCAAGAACAUAGACAUUUGGCGAAAGCAUUCUGAGGAGCUCAGGAAUGCUCAGAGUGAGCAGCUGAUGGGCAUCCGGCGCGAAGAGGAAAUGGAAAUGUCAGACGAUGAGAACUGUGACAGCCCUACUAAAAAAAUGAGAGUCGACGAGUCAGCUCUGGCUGCUCAGGCCUAUGCUCUCAAAGAGGAGAACGACAGCCUCCGCUGGCAGCUGGAUGCAUACAGGAACGAGGUGGAGCUGCUGAAACAAGAGAAAGAACAGCUUUUCCGAACAGAAGAAAACCUCACCAAGGACCAGCAGCUCCAGUUUCUGCAGCAAACCAUGCAAGGCAUGCAGCAGCAACUGCUGACCAUCCAGGAGGAGUUAAACAACAAGAAGUCAGAAUUGGAACAAGCGAAAGAGGAGCAGUCACACACACAAGCAUUGCUUAAAGUCCUCCAGGAACAACUAAAAGGCACCAAGGAAUUGGUUGAGACAAAUGGUCACAGCCACGAGGACACAAAUGAAAUCAAUGUGUUGACAGUCGCAUUGGUCAACCAAGACCGAGAGAACAAUAUUGAGAAAAGAAGCCAAGGCUUGAAAUCAGAAAAAGAAGCUCUACUAAUUGGCAUCAUAUCCACGUUUCUUCACGUCCACCCCUUUGGGGCAAACAUAGAAUAUCUUUGGUCAUACAUGCAGCAGCUGGACUCCAAGAUAUCUGCAAAUGAAAUUGAAAUGCUUUUGAUGAGGCUGCCACGCAUGUUUAAACAAGAAUUCACAGGUGUGGGAGCAACACUGGAAAAAAGGUGGAAGCUGUGUGCCUUUGAAGGAAUUAAAACUGCCUAACUGAAACACAAGAAUUCUGUGGAAAUGAAGCCGUGUGAACCCAAGUGGGGCUAUGCAGUGUCAGACUGGCAAGUCUGGGGGGCCCCGCCUGGGACCUUUGUGCAGCCAUCAGAUGGGACAUUCGUCCCAUCCGUGGCAUUCUCUUGUGAGUGGAAGUGUAAUUGUGUGCCAGUUCCUUACAACCAAGCUCAUACUGUGACAGAUCUGUUUCCUAUGAAAACCAAACAGUGGUUCCACCGUUUUAAUGAUGGCAAAAACCUUACAAUAUGCCACAUUUCAGAACAGCUCACCACACAAAAUAUCUCAGUUAAUGAUGUAGCAAUGGUUGUUGCUAGGCUACACAGUUGUAUAUGUAAUGUAUAGCUGAAAUCAUUCAAUGACAUUUUCCUCAAAGACUAUCUUUGUCUUCUUAAAAAGUAAUUUUACAGUGAGGAAAAAUCAUACCAAAAGAAAACUUGAAUAUGUGUCUGAACAUUUAUUGUAUUUUGUAAAUUAAGUUAAAUGCUGUUCCAGGGACUUUGCCUUAUUGAAGAGGCAUAAAAUGUGAUUGGACCCCUUGAGAAUGCUUUAUCGAGAAUAUUAUUUUUCUAAUGUAACAAUUCUCCAUCGUUAGUUCUUUUAACAUGGACUGCAUAACAAUUUUCAUAAAAUGUAAAUAAAGGAAAGAUUAGUGCUACUGUCUUGUACUUGGUAUGUAACAUUCAGGUUUAUGCAUCAGAAUAAACAUUCAUAAAUAUUAUUCCUGUUACAAAUUUUAUAGCAAAUAUAUUAAUUUUUUCCAAUAAAUAUGACUUCUACCAUACCG